CGACCCUGCCUCGCACAGCCACUGAGACAGCUGCCUGCCUGCAGCCGCCCCGGCAUCGGGUUGUGCUGGAUCGGCAGACUCAGAAGCCGGUGCAUGGUCAGCUGAACCAUGAGGAUCCAAAGUCUCACCCUGCUCUCCAUCCUCCUCCUGGCUGCUCAGGCACUCUCAGCAAAGGUCAAAAAUGGAGUAAGGCACGGACAGAGUGAUACACCAGACAGAAACUCAUCAGUUCCUUUGAGCAAGCCCCACAUUAAGCAGAGGAGUUGGACAUCCAAGUCCACAACCAGUGGCAAAUUUGACACCCAAGACCAGGCCUCCUGCACAUGGACUGUGGCCGAGCAGGUGCUGGGCAUCACCCUAAAGGUUGAGUGCACUCAGCUGGACCACAGGUUUUCUUGUGUCUUUGCCGGCAAUCCCACUGCGUGCCUGCAGCUCCACGGCCAUGUCUACUGGAAGCAAAUGGCGCGGGCACUGCGCAAACAGAAGAACCUCUGUGGAGACUUCAGGGGUGCCCUGAAGACCAAGGUGUGCAGAAAGCAGUUUCCAGAAUCUAACCUCAAGCUGGUGAACUCCACUCUGAUCGGGGCCGUGAAGCCCAGGAAGGAGUCCAGGGAGCACCCCCAGAGGGAGCGGGUCAAGAUCAAAGGGACUCCUUCCGUGGAGACAGGCAAGGCCCAAGAGGAUGCCCACACCAGCCCAGCAGUGAGCCAGGCCACACCCACCAAGGGCCCCGAGUGCGUGGAGGACCGGGAUAUGGUCAAUCAGAGGAAGACCGCCCUGGAGUUCUGUGGGGAGACCUGGAGCUCCCUCUGCACAUUCUUCCUCACCAUGAUACAGGACAGGUCGUGCCGGUGACGUCCGAAGCUGACAGGUGCCAUUCAGAGACGCCAGGUCAUAAAGCUCUCCGAGUUCCCCCUGAGAGAACUGUUGUGCUCUGAGAGUAACGUGGAGUAUUGAAGUGGAUUUUGUAAUUCUUAGCUUUAUGUUCUACAAUGUGCUUUUUUUUUUCACUUUUUUGGAUUGAAUUUCAGAAGCUGUUUUCCCCAGGACACAUGUCCAAGGUUCACAAAGCUACAUGUGCAUGAGCCAUGAGCAAGCCAGAGUGAUGAUUCCAGGACAAGGCUUUUUUUGCUGGAUCAACAAAGAUGAUCAAACUCGGGAUGUUUCUCAGAAAGAUGCUCGGCCAUUGUCUACUUUCUCUACCUCUUGUUCCAAAUAAACUUGUGGCUCAUUAUAAACAGGAAUACAUAUGCCAGUCAAUAAAAUAUCAAAUGAGCAGCUUCCUGUUUCACCCAGCCCAUGCUGGCCCCCAGUGUGGUCCCCACCAGAAUUGCUCUUUCUGGUUUUAUUCAUUGGUCUGUGCUGUUUGGUGCUACUGAAAUAAAACAAAC